AUGCAUCUCAUAAAAAUCACCAUGAUGUACAUAUUAUCCACGCUUUCGCCACAUGACUAUUUCUUCGGGGUCUACUUCAAUUCUGUCUUUGCACCGAUUCUUUCAUGUGCCAACGGGACAUUUCUGCCUGCCACAACCAGCAAUAAAAAGAUUUUCUUCGAACGCCUUGGCGAGCUUGAGGAGAAAGAUCAAGCUCAUGUGUCAGCACCGCUUCGAUUCUCACUGGACGCGUUGCGUGGGAAUUUGAAUUCGACCAACUCGGUAUUCCCAAAUUACCGUUCCGGUGGUCAUAAACUGCUCAUGCUAUUCACUGAUGGACUUGAUGAAUGGCCUCAUGCAGUGAUGGACGAAGAACUGCACAACAGACAUGGUGACGUGGUAGGUGGAUGA